CCUGUGGGGUGUGGAACUUCAGACAAAGGAGACAUAAACACACUGACACUGGAUCACUGGAGCAAAAAAAGAGUAGGAGACGACUAAGAGGGAGACGAUCCCUAACUCUUGGACUACUUUUUUUUGCUAUAUUUUGGAGAAAAAAACCUUAUGUAAAGGAGAUUUUUGGGGGCGGGGGGUGUGAUACCCUGGAUUGGUUUGUGAGCUGAGACAUGUUUGUGUUGGAGCAGUGGUGGCCAUAUGUUGCCCAGACUGUGUAGAAGUGUGUGUGUGUUUGGGAUGGAAAAGUGGGGCUGGUACGAUCAACAUUUCUGCUCUUAGCUUCAUGCCAUGGGGGGGUGCCAUAGUUACCCCUCAGCUAAAGAAGCAGACGGGAAGACCCUUCAGCCUUCUGACAUCAGCAGUGACAAAGUGGGGAUUAAUAACAAUAACCAGGAAGCGCGUCCAUAUCUAAAGCAGCAGUAUGUGUGUCAGCGGAUCCCACAUGUAGACAUGUAUGCCCUCAUAGCUCUGCCGCCUGGCGUCGACAAGGCAGAGUGGCUUGCCAGCAACACUGUGGCAUUUUUCAAGCAUAUAAACCUGUUCUCCAGUGCGCUAUCAGAGUUCUGCACUCCCAGCACAUGCCCAACUGCCUGUGGACCAGGCAACGAGGUUUAUGUUUGGACUGAUGACCAUGGCAGGAAGCUUAAGUGCUCUGCUCCGCUUUACUUUGACUACGCCAUGUCAUACAUUCAGGACCUACUGACUGAUGAAGACGUGUUCCCUACAAAAGCAGGUGCAGAAUUUCCAACAGGCUUCGUGUUUAUGGUCCAGAAGGUGUUUCUGUUGUUGUUCAGGACAAUGGCCCACAUUUAUUGGUCUCACUACACACAGGCUCAGCAGGUGGGUCUGCACCCGCACCUCAACACGCUUUUCAUGCACCUGACGCUCUUCUGCCGGCACCAUGGGCUGCUGGAUCCAGAAGACACCAAGCCACUGCAGGACCUCAUCACAGCUUUAGGACGACAAGGGUGAACUUAAAGGGCAACCGCAGAUAUUGUACAAUCACAUCAUUGCACGCUUAUUUAUUUCUUACAGCUGAUUGUCUCUCACCACUCUGGGCCAAAUUUAAACGUUUUCCCCAGUAUAGAUUUUUAAAGAAAGCUCUAUAAGGAGAACAAUGCAAAGAAACAUGCUCCUGUUGUUCUGUAUAAUUGGACUGAAUUGUAUGACUGUUGCAUGCUUUGUUUUGUUUUGCUGUUUUAACAUAAUGGUGCAUUAUUUUACUUUGAUAAGUGACCUUGAAGAUCUUGACCUUAAGCCAAACAAACCCAGUUAGUGCCAUUGUUGUAUUUUGUGCACCGUGCAAAAAUGCUGCAUCUCCAUCUUCAUGUAUUUUAGAGUACUUUGUAAUAAAUAUUUGUGAGCCAUCAUCUGUAUGGUGGAACUAAAAAGCAUGCAUACUUUAUUUUGGAGAAAUUAGUGAAUACAAAGAAGUGGGAAGAAUUGGUUAAAGGCAGGGAGGGACUUUGUGUUGAUCCUGAAGUGCGUGCUGGUGCUGUUUUAUUUAGCAUAUUUUCAGGUCUUUGGUUUAUAAUCAGCGCCACCUGCUGCUAGUAAAGGAAUCCAGCAUGCAUCACAUUUUCCCUGCACCAUCUGUAAAUGUUUGUUUACAUAUUGGAUUUAUGAUUAAACUGACUUAUGAGCGUUAAA